AUGGGCGUGUUCGCGCUGCUUUAUGUCAUUUGUUUCUGCGCGUUCGCGUCAUGUGACAGCGCGAACGCGCUGAGUCGUUUCAGUUUUUCAGAAGCAUUUUCACAAACAGCACUCAAAGCAUUCAUAAAGGGAUUUGAGUGUUCUAGACCAAUGGUGGUAGUGGAUGGUGCACACCUUAAAAGCACGUUUAAUGGUACAUUUGAUUCCGCAAGUACUUCGGAUGGUGCAGGUAAUAUUCUACCACUGGCAUAUGGUUUGAUAGAUUCGGAAAAUGAUAAGUCACGGACUUGGUUCUUUGAGCAGUUCAAGCUAGCUUAUGGGAUUAGGGAUAACAUCUGUGUCGUGUCCGACAGACGUGAAAGCAUAAUCAAAGCGGUGUAUCGGGUGUAUCCUACUGUUCCUCAUUUGGCCUGCAUAUGGCAUUUGUGGAAAAAUGUGACUAAGAAAUACAAGUCUAAUGAUGAAGUAUUGAGUCCUGUGUUUUAUUCACUUGCCAAAGCAUACACACAGGAUGAGUUCGAUAAACUAAUGGAAAAGAUUGAGAAUGUUGAUAUACGGGUAAAGGAAUAUUUGGAUGAUGCUGGAAGAAAGAAAUGGGCUCGACUAUAUUCACAUGUUAACAGAGGUUGGAUGAUGACUCCGAAUAUAGCGGAAUGUAUUAAUGGAAAACUAGUAGCGGCAAGAGAGUUGGCUGUUUUUGAUUUCCUUGAAGAAGUUAGGAGGAUGUUUGGGAGAUGGAAUUGCACAAGUAGGAAAAAUGGUACAUGCACAUUCUCAACACGUUCGAGACAAUACCAGGAAAUGCUCUCAAUGAAAGAGCAUAAAUCGUUACGUAUGAGGGUUGAAGCAUCAACUGAAUAUGUUUAUAUGGUUAAUGAUAGACCGAGGCAUUUCAUAAUGGUUUUGAAGAGGAAAACUUGUAGUUGCCGGAUGUUCCAAAUGGACGAAAUAUCGUGUUCACAUGCUUGGGCUGUCUUAAAGAGUAAAAAUCUAACGGUUGAUGCAUAUUGCUCAGAAUUAUUCAAACCAAAUCCAGUGGUGAAUACGUAUGAUGUGUCGGUUGAUCCACUUCCAGACUAG